GUUGUGACCUUGGUCGGUUGAAGCCUCACGGGCACAACCGCCUUCACAAUGAAGUUCGGCAAGCAAAUUCAGAAGCGCCAGCUCGAGGUGCCCGAGUAUGCUGCAAGCUUCGUCAACUAUAAGGCGCUCAAGAAGCUCAUCAAGAAGCUCUCGGCCACCCCUGUCCUCCAUUCGCAAAACGAUGCGGCUGAACGUGCUGCUGCAGGGCUCAUCGACCCGCAGGCUGCCCUGCAGGCGAACAAGGCGACCUUCUUCUUCCAACUGGUAAGCCCAACGACUGCCAUUACAUGCUGAUCAUUUCUCACAAUGCCUAGGAAAGAGAGCUCGAAAAGGUCAACGCGUUUUAUCUGCAAAAGGAAGCUGAGGUAUGCCGUCUUGUG